CGCCAAGAAGGACCAAAGCCCUUUUCUGUCUCCUUUCGCCUUCUUCCCUCACGAGUCCCUUCUCGCCAUGGCGAGGACGAAGCACACCGCAAAAAGAGGCCUCUCUCGCCCCCAUCGGAAGCGCUUCCAGUUCACCGGGUCUCCCAGUGCCCGGCGGAAAGCAGCAGCUACCUCGGCCGCGACCCCGUCUCGUACCGUUCCUAGUGACACCGGGGCCAGUUCGGAGGAUGCGCAUCAAGGAACGCAGAGGCAGACUGAAAAGCGGAGUCGCCGAUCUAGGCCUGGAGUAGUAGCCUUACGUGAGAUUAGGAGGCUUCAGAAGUUGACGAAGCUGCUGAUUCCUUUUGCUCCAUUUGCCAGACUUAUUAGGGAGAUCACUGGUUUUUAUAGUAGGGAAGUAACUCGGUGGACCCCUGAUGCUUUGCUUGCGCUUCAAGAGGCAGCAGAAUGCCACUUGCAAGCAAUGUUUGAGGAUGCAUAUCUAUGCUCAAUACAUGCAAAGCGUGUUACUCUUAUGGUGAAAGACAUACAGUUAGCUAGGCGGAUAGGAGGAAAGCGACACUGGUGAGAAAGGCUGAAAGGAUAAGCCAAUCUGACAUUGACAGAACCAUGUGCUGUUGUUUGAGCCAGCAACACCAUUGUCAUGUACCUCUUUGAGUCUUUACUCUGAAAAUGUUUUCCGAUACAUUGAAAGUGCAGCUGAUGUAUAUUUUGCAGGAGCCAACUGCAUUGAAUUGCCAUACUGAAUCCUCUAAUUAUCGAUUCAUUUAA